UUCAAAUUUUCCUGAAGAAAAACGAAUCCCAGCUAAAAAUAACAAGGAAUCUAUAUCCAAUAACAUUUAUCAUUAGUGUUCGUAUUCAAUGUGCUUAAUGUAAUGCAGUCGUUAUAAAUUAUUUGGAACAUUCGUAUCUAAUAACUCGCUUGGGGAGUCACGGAAAUAUUUCGUUUGAUAAAUAAAUAAUCUAUUUGUAAUGGGUCACAAAUACAAUUACUUUAAAACCAGGAUAUUUUGCGAUUAGGAUGAGUUUCAGUUAUAUUAUUUUUUUAACAAUUUCUUAUGCGGGACACACAAAGCUGACUCGAAUGACUUUUAUGUAAAUUGUUGCAAUUUUUCUUACGUCGUGGCUGAAAAUCAGUUUUCACUUUCUUCGCUACUGCAACACGUUGCGCAUCACAAACAUGAAAAUCCAGUACCCUACUUUCCUCUCUUUUUGUUCUGUUCAAGCCCCAAUUGGCCUAUGCUUUUUUCCCAGUCGUGAAGAAAGCAUAUAUAAACUUUGGAUAAUUUCUCUCAAAUGCUUUAUUUACUUCUUCGCUCUGUGAUCUAUUGUUCGUUUGCAUAUUGUGAUUGUAAUUGAGUCCUUGCAGUGACAUGUUGUUGAAAGUAUUUAUCAGCUUAGUUGCCCUUGUGGCUGCAGCUAAAGCUUCUCCACGUCCUAAAAUCAUUUACCAAGAUGUUCCCAUUCAGGCGCAACACAAUCACUAUUAUCCUCAACAUGAAGACGCAACUGCGGCAGCUCAUCAGUUUGAUGAAUCGCAGGUUGAAGAAAGUGAAUUCGCGCAUCAUGUGGAGGAUCAGCAGAAAGUCGCCACUCACCAUGAUGUUCUAUACGAUUACUAUGCGCCUCCAAAAUACUCGUUUAAAUACGGAGUGAACGAUUUUCAUACAGGUGACAUAAAAGCCCAGCAUGAGAUUCGUGAUGGCGAUCGAGUUCAGGGUGAAUAUUCUUUAGUGGAACCGGAUGGUUCCAUUCGAACUGUAGAGUACACAGCUGACAAACAUACAGGAUUCAAUGCAGUGGUUCGUCGAACCGCUCCAGUAGAACAACAUGAACAUGAUCAUGGUCCUACGGUGGCGGAAUCUUCAGGAUUGUCUGGCAGCGAAGAAUAUGUACCUCAAUAUUUGCCAGAAGGACAUUACUAGAAAAUUACUGCUAGUUUUUAAGUCAUAAAAUUAUUGGAAACAAUUUUUAGCUGUAUUUUGCCAAAGGGUGUGUAAAAAGUUUCCUAAGAGUUAUGUAAUAGGGAAUCUACUAAAUAGUAUUUAUUUAAUUAGCGAUGCUUUUUAUAGAAAUCUUCAAUAAAACGUAUUGAGUUGA